AUGUGGAGUUUGACCAGCCUCUUCACGCGGUCGGCGCAGCAAGCAGAAGUCACACAAGCGAAAUCAGACGACGUCCAACAAGACAAUGCACACUCGGAAACAGACUCAACGCAGACAACACCAAAAGCCUCGGCGAUAGUAUCGACGGUACAAGUACCGGAACUGAAUUUACAAGAAUCCGACAAGUCCUCCGACCAGACAGAUCAAGAUGCGCCUACAAUAACCUCCAGCUCGACACCGACCACCAACAAUGCGUCUCUCAUGCUUCCUCCAUCGGCGCCUACACAACGGCGACCGCCAACCCUGAAACCAGUUAAUCAACCAUUCCUCGCACCUCCCAAACUGAAAGCGUCCUCUCUCCGCCCAACAUCGCUCUCCGCGGCAUCAGCUCUACGAGCUCCGCCCGCGACGACGAACGGACUAACAACCAGCACUCUCGCACCAUCCCAACGAGCAUCACGCAAAGUAAUCCUCGGACCAGGCCACUCGCCGCUCGACUGGGCCGCACUCACCAAAGAUCCACGCAACAACCUGCGUGGCGCAAACCUUCCGCCGACACUGAUCAAAGUCACACCUUCCAUGCUCAAGUCACAAAACGGUCGCAAGGGGACAGAUGCAUGGACAUCCUAUAAUGGGAAAGUGUAUAAUAUCACGCCGUACGUUUCGUUCCAUCCCGGUGGAAAGGGGGAAUUGUUACGUGGUGCGGGUAAAGAUUCGGGGAAACUGUUUCUCGAGACGCAUCCGUGGGUGAAUUGGGAUGGGAUAUUGGGGGAGUGUUUAGUCGGGAUAUUAGUCUCUGAGAAUGAGAAGGGGGACGACGAGACGAAUGAAUUAGAUGCGAUGGAUUAG